AUGGACUCUCACCCGGGCUGUCUGAUAUCAAUCCUCCCCCGACCUAUGACAGACAACAAGGUGCCGCGAGCUCUCCACGACGAUGUCGAAAUGCAGUUACAACAACCAUCUGCAUCCACAUCCAGCGGCUCAGUACCGAUCCCACUCCCAUCGUUGACUUCACACCCACCGUUGCGCCUCCAGCGCAAGCUUGUCGUUGGUACUAAACUAAGGGACAUCGAAGGGUCAACACCACUAAUACUCUCCCCAAUCUCUCCAACAACGACCGACGAGGCAAUGGCUUCCGGUUCCCCUGAGCCCUCGGCAGACGAGCCCACCUUUCCGUGUCCCUUCUGUUCGUCCGUGUUCAAAAAAGUGGGCCACCUCAAUCGGCAUACCCUUAAGCAUACAGGAACCCGCUUUCAAUGCGAAUAUCCGGGGUGUGACAAAACCUUUUCGCGGCUGGACAAUAUGCGAACACACAUGAAAAACAUGCAUCCGACCUCGCAAGACUGGUCGUCUGGAUUGCGCGCCCGGACCUCUCCUGGCUCCAUCUCCCCAACGCUAAGACCAGACGCUUCUGACCGUCCGACAAGCGGCGGAGGCAAUACAUGA